CAAGGCAAAGGUCUUCUCCAGAAAAGUAAAGAGAAAUAAAAUCAAAAUGCCGGACCAUGACGGAGACCCUAUGGCUGUAGGUGCUGGCUCUUCAGCGGGGCCGGGCGAUGCGUCGGGAGCUGUCGCAGAAAUGAUGGGCGCGGCGCGGAGCUCCACUAAUCUGCCGGGCUUAUUUCGCCGCCGCUUUUAUUUCCACUGUCGCUGUCCUGAGCGCGGCGAAUGUGGGGCGCUUCAACUAGUUUUACACCAGAAGACGCCCACGCCCUGCAGCAGGGUGCCCCGGCCCUUUUCCGUUUACAGGAAGAGGAAGCUUGAAAAUCGCGACCUGAAGAGCUGGCGCAAAAAGCACGAGGAGCAAGCCGCAAAGCGGCCGGGCCGUCCCCCGACGACGAGGCGAACAAAAGAGCCGGAAGCGCCUAACGAUGUGAGGCUGCCGCCGAGGGCGCCCAUCGACACGCCGAGGGCCGGGGGGGCGCGCGGCGCCGGCCCACGUCUGCAAAUGUUCGCGGCCACAAUGUCGGGCCG